CCGACAAAUUGUUGUCAUUUUUUUACAUCACAUGGGACCGGGUUUAGACGCCAAGUAAAGAUACGCAGGAAAGGACUAACCGAGAAACAUAAACGAAACUGAGUACGAGACGGCCCAGUUCGUCAGAUCUCCUCAAAAUGGAGCCUACCAACCUGCAGAAAGCGAUAGCCAUAGCAAAUAGGGCUUCGGAGGAGGACCAGGCCGAAAAUUAUGAGGAAGCCGUUCGCUUGUACCAGCAAGCUGUUCGCUUCUUUCUGCAUAUAUUAAAGCGGGAACCGCAGGGUAAAGAGGGAAACCAAAAAAUACGAGACAAGUGCAAGGAAUACCUGGACAGAGUGGAGGAGCUGAAGGAGUAUUCUGAGAAGAAAGAGAAAGCUAUAGAUCUGGCCAGUAAGGCUGCCCAGGAAGACAAAGCACAGAAUUAUGAAGAAGCUCUCCGCCUCUACCAGCACGCUGUGCAGUACUUCCUUCACGUCGUGAAGUACGAAGCCCAAGGGGAGAAGAGCAAGCAGAGCAUCCGGGGGAAGUGUGCCGAGUACCUGGAUCGGGCAGAGAAGCUGAAGGAGUACUUGAAGAAGAAGGAGAAAGCCCCUCCCGCCAAGCCGGUGAAGGAGUCGCAGUCCGAUGACAAAGGGAAUGAGAGUGAUGAAGGAGAAGAUCCCGAGAAGAAGAAAUUCCAAAACCAACUACAGGGAGCCAUUAUCAUGGAGAAGCCUAAUAUCAAGUGGAACGACGUCGCUGGGCUAGAAGGGGCCAAGGAAGCUCUGAAGGAGGCCGUUAUCCUGCCCAUUAAGUUUCCACACCUGUUCACAGGGAAGAGGACCCCUUGGAGAGGUAUCCUGCUGUUUGGACCACCGGGGACGGGGAAGUCCUACCUCGCCAAAGCCGUGGCUACAGAGGCCAACAACUCCACCUUCUUCUCCAUCUCCUCCUCAGACCUGGUGUCCAAAUGGCUCGGGGAGAGUGAAAAGCUGGUGAAAAGCCUCUUCACCCUGGCACGAGAGCACAAGCCCUCCAUCAUCUUCAUCGACGAGAUCGACUCCCUGUGUGGCUCGCGGAGUGAAAAUGAGAGUGAAGCGGCACGCCGGAUUAAGACCGAGUUCCUGGUGCAGAUGCAAGGUGUUGGAAACGACAACGAAGGGAUCCUAGUCUUGGGAGCCACUAACAUCCCCUGGACCCUGGACUCCGCCAUCAGAAGAAGGUUCGAGAAGCGCAUCUACAUCCCGCUGCCGGAGGAGCACGCCCGCUCCUUCAUGUUCAAGUUGCACCUGGGCACGACCCCCAACAGCCUCACCGACUCAGAUUUCAUCACCCUGGGCAAGAAGACGGAGGGAUACUCGGGCGCUGACAUCAGCAUCAUUGUGCGGGACGCCCUCAUGCAGCCCGUCAGAAAAGUGCAGUCCGCCACUCACUUCAAGAAGGUACGAGGGCCGUCAAGGGAUGACCCCAACGUCCUCAUAGAUGACCUGCUGACCCCUUGUUCUCCGGGAGAUCCGAAUGCCGUCGAGAUGACCUGGAUGGAUGUUCCUGGCGAGAAGCUCUUGGAACCGGUCGUCAGCAUGCCGGACAUGUUGCGGUCCCUUGCGAACACCAAGCCCACGGUGAAUGAGCAAGACUUGGACAAGCUGAAGAAGUUCACAGAGGACUUUGGGCAGGAGGGCUGAGAUGAAGGGAAGCCAAGCAGACCGAUGCUGACUGUAAACUCUCUCCUGUUCUCUCCUUCUCUUCCUCUCCCCACCCCCCUUACUUCAAUCCCCCCUCAGCUUCCUGUGAAUUUGGUUCUAAAUUUCUGUUUUCCAAGACCGUUUGAGUCUGGCUUUCUACCUGCUUCAUUGUACUGGUCAGGGUCACGGAUGGGCUUCACACUCUAUGUUUGUGUUGUGUAAUCCCUGGAAAAACCUAAACAAAUUUGUGUGUAUAUAUGUAAUUAUAUAUAUAUACAUCAUUUUUCUGAACCUGUGCCUUUUUGAAGGAUCCUUUUAAAUAUAAAGUUUCCUUUGAAAAUGAGUCAGACUAACACGCGUCAUUGUCCUUUCACUGCUGUUUUCGUUUAGUUCAUAAUUUAUCCAAGGAAUAUUUGGCUUUACAGUUUUGGAAGUGAUGAGUGAAGCGGUGGAGGGGGGGGGGGGGGGGUGGAAUUGUUCAUGAUCCCAGACUAUGCUGAUGAGGCUUACAUGGUGGAGGGGGGGGGGGGUUUGGUUUUACUCCGUUGUUUAACUCCGAGGGACCAGAACGUAGCAUCCGCAACAGAUAUAGCACUGGGUGAUUGAGCGGGGGGGGGGGGGGGGGGGGGGCAUUUAAUUCGCGGAAUUUGUUUUCCCAAAACAAUCUUAAGAAUUCACUUGCAGACUGCUGAAAGGUCAUGACGCCUUACACUGUGCAUUUAUAAGGAGGACCUGUUAAACAGAAUAGAUAGGGCCUACCUGCGAGAUUGGGAGAAAGUACCAGGAACAGUUUUGGGGGGUGGGAAUGGCAAGGGGUCUGACUGCAGUAUGACAGUAUCUGCCUCUGCGACAUGGGGGGGGCUCUGUGGCGUACGCUACGCUGCCCGCUGUUUUAAACUGGCAGCGCAUGACAUGUGCCUUCAAUACAAACCAUAUUCACAAGUUGGGAAAAAAAAAAACCUCAAUUCAUUUUUAUAGUCUUGUUAUCAGUAUAUUAAGCAUUUUGUUUGUCUACACACUUAAUUUCAGACCUUUAAUCUCUGAAUUGUAUGCAACUGUACUUUUUGGUUCAGGUUUUCUAUGAUACGAAAAACUAUUCUCUAUGAACUCUGCAUACACAGGAUAUGUAAUUUAGGCGUCAUUUGUUAGAAAAAUAUCCAUAUCUUGAUGGUUAAAAAUUAAUUUACUUUUCAUUUUAUUUCAUACAAGUGUAAAUAAAGGUAUUCAGUCUUGGA